GUACAGUUGAUGAAUACACCUUGGUUUAUUUAGUUGAAUUGAGUUGAAACAUUAGUAAAAAAUCACAUUGUAAAUGCAAACUUCAUGUGCGAAAACUAGUUGGUGUGCGCAGCGGAAGAAUACGCAGUGAUGCAGCUGUGCAUCACCCCAGUCGCUUUGUUGGCAACUUUGGCUUGCUGCUUUGUCAGUCUCUCUAUCAUGUGUGUGUUUUGAUUUUGUUAACCUUUUGCUCAUUAAUAUGACUCCCAAGGUUACAGCCAACUCUUCUGAUGUCUGUGCCCUCUACUUUAGCUGCCUCUCCAGAUUCACCUGCCCCAGUAUCUUCAGCUACUUCCUCCUCUUAAUAAGUCAGUCCCUUCUUUUUUUUUUUUUAUUGCUGUUUCAUUUCAUUACUAAACGUAUAUAUUUUCUUAAUGUGUUUUUUGAUAAUUAUGUGGGAUACUCUGUUAGGAUUGGUUUUAGGAUAGGAUAAGUUCUUCUUGUAUUUACAUACAGUGGGUAUGCAUUUUCCAACUUUACACCGAAAAUUGUUUUACGACACAAUGGAUCAAUGUCGAAACUCUAGAACCCCUUGUAUAUUGCUAAAAGACAACUACUUUCUUUUUCUAUUUCUCUUUUUUAAGGAAAAUUUUUUUUAAAAAUAAAAACUAAUUGAAAAAAGGAAUAACAAUUGAAUAGUAACAAUGACGCAUGCUCAGGAAUAUUAUGAUGAAUAUGCUGCCAAUGAUAUGAGAGAGAAAGGAAUGUAUGGAACUGCCACCUCUAGCGAGGAAGGAAUCAGUCGGAAUAGGAACAAGGGUUUUGAAGCCAUCAUUCAACAGCUAGAGCAUUUCCCUCGCAAGAACGCAGCUGGUCGGAUCAAUCAAUCCCAGCGUUUGGAUCAGAAUCAAGAGAAACAGCCUCUGUCAGAGAACACAAAUCAUGCCUCAAUCAACAGACAAAACAGUGAGCUCAGAAAACUCCCUAACUCAGUUAGAGCUAUAGAAGUUGGUCAGUCAGAAGCAGUCCAUAAACCACAUAGUUAUGUUCAUUUGGAGAAACCUAUAUUCAAUUCAUCAUGGCCAGAAGAGUCUAUUACAUUUGGUCAGGUGUGGCUAUUGACACAAGUGGCUCAAGAAAAUGGACUGCACAGAAACUUUUAAAGUGGGAAGCGUGGUCGAGAGGUUAAGGGCUCUUGAACUUGGCUUGGCUACCAAUCAAGGAGGCUCGAGGUUCGACAUCCGACUUAGGCAGAGUUGUGUUUAUUGAGCGCCUAAAGGCAGCACAGAAAAACCUUCUCCUAGAUACCCCCUCCUCCCCCACAACUGAGAUUGGACCAAAGUGCUCAGAGCAUGCUAUAAGCAUGAAUCUCUCUGUUUCAUUGUAUCAUAAUUUAUCAAAGUUAUGUUUUAUUUACUUAUUCUUAUUCAACUUUUACAAAGUAAAAAUGUUAUGAAUGAAAAAAAUUGUAUUUUUUGUAAAUUUAGUUACAGUUAUAUUGAAUAGAAUUAUUUAUGUUAGCAACUUUUGAAUGCAUCACAUAAUUUUAAUUUGACACAGAAACUGAAAAUCAUUUCAAUUAAAGAUGAAACAUUGUCUCUUGUUGGUGGGGUAUGCAAGACAUUGGUUCUAUGCUGUUGGUAAAAAUUUCUCAUCCUUCAUUGACUUCCAUUGUACUCCACCUUGCACUUUCAAAAUAGUGAUGUUAUUUGUUUCUCAAAUGUUAGUAGCAUAGAAAACAUGGACUGUGUGGUCUAUUUAUCUUAAUGUGUGUUUCAUGUAUUGUAAGUGAUCAUAUGUAACAGUUAUGGGUAUAGAGAAUAAAAUACAAAAUAUUAAA